AUGCAUGUUGACAAAAUUUUGGCGCAGAUUAAGGAUAAGCAAUACCUCAAAUGGCCAAGGCCAUUACAUUCGUCGCCUAAUGUACGGGACAAGAAAAAGUAUUGCCAUUUCCACAAGGAUCACGACCACUACGUAGAGGAUUGCAGGGACCUAAAGGAGCAGAUAGAGGAACUUAUACGAAAAGGGAAACUACAAAGGUUUAUGAAGAAGGGGGAACCUAGUAGGUCCAAAGACGAUAACAAAAACCAGUGCGAAGCCUCACCUAGGGAUGAGGACCACACAUUCCAGCAUCCACCAAGCGUAAUCGGGGAGAUAAAAACGAUCACAGGUGGGCCGUUCAAAUCCCUCAAGAAAGCAUGUCAGAGGCAGGUGAACAGCGUCCACAAAAUACCUCCCUUGAAGCAAAGACGGACGGAUAAGGACAUGUUUUUCUUGAAAGAAGAUGCUAGGGGAGUGAAGCAGCCUCAUGAAGACCCCUUGGUCAUAAUGCUUACCAUAGAAGGAUUCAAUACCAGAAGAAUCCUCAUAGAUAAUGGUAGCUCCAUGGACAUGAUCAACCUCUCCGCUUUUUAG